CAAAAUGUGUAAUUGGGUCAUCAUUUCAUUAGGAAACACGUGUGCUCUCAGGAAUCCAGGCAAGCCCAAGCCACCCUGGCUGUGCUGGGUGUCCACGAGCACUGCGGUGCCUGAGGCUUCUCCUGGAUUUUGCCGUGGAGCAGCUGGGAAUGGCUUCGUGUUAAUUUCCUGAAACCGCAUGCACGAAUCUCUCAUGCUCUUCGACUCCAUCUGUAACAACAAAUUCUUCAUUGAUACCUCCAUCAUUCUCUUCCUCAACAAGAAAGACCUAUUUGCUGAGAAGAUCAAGAAGUCGCCUCUGACCAUCUGCUUCCCCGAAUACACAGGUCCCAACACCUACGAGGACGCGGCCGCCUACAUCCAAGCACAAUUUGAGAGCAAAAACCGCUCGCCCAACAAGGAGAUUUACUGCCACAUGACGUGCGCCACGGACACGAACAACAUCCAGGUGGUCUUUGACGCCGUCACCGACAUCAUCAUCGCCAACAACCUGCGGGGCUGUGGCUUGUACUGAGCCCCUGCGGCGGCGGCGGCGCAGGGAGAGGGGCAAAGCAGAAGAGAAGUGACGCGGCCACACAUACACACACAUACUUACACACACCAAGUGAAACGAAAGAAACAACCAAACCGAACGAGAGGAAAAAAAUAAAAAUAAAAAAUAAAAAAAAUCGUAAUCAUAAUCAUGCAAGUUGGUAAAUAAAAAGGCAUAAGGAAAAUUAUAUAUAUACGUAUAUAUAUAUAUAAAAAAACAAAUCCACGACCACCUUUUUAG